AUGGCAACGCCAGAGGAAUACAAAGAAGCUCUGGAGCUCAUUCGGCAGCACCUGCUGGAAGACAAUUUCUCCUCCACCGACACCGACAUCUUCAUCACCAAUCUGAACUCCAAGAUAUCCUCCGCCUCCCACGAUUUGCUGCUUCCCCUGCCCGUAAAACUCGAAGAAGAAGAAUCCGGAUCCCCUGUUCGGGGCUCCGACUCCAAUACCCCUGAAUCCGACCCGGACCUGGACUCGCCCAAGUCUGCCGCUUCGGGUUCCAGCAGUGGGUCGUCGUCUCAGGGGAGGCAGGUGGAAGAAAGCGGGAGGGAUAAUAAUUUCAGGGGCGUGAGGAAGAGGCCGUGGGGGAAAUUCGCGGCGGAGAUCCGCGACCCGACCCAGAAGGGCAGCCGGGUGUGGCUGGGGACUUUCGACAGCGACGUGGACGCCGCGAAGGCGUACGACUUCGCCGCUUUUCGAUUGAGGGGCAGGAAGGCGAUCCUGAAUUUCCCGUUGGAAGCGGGGAAGUCCGACGCGCCGGCCUGCACUGCCCGGCGACGGAGGAGGAUGAAGAUGAAGAAAACGGUGGCGGAAACGGAGUGGCAAGGCGACCUAGAUGUGGGCCCUGGGCUUGGGCCUGUGAUUUUAGAGUAA